AUGGUUGGCUGCUAUGGUGGUCCUCUUGCGUUCUCAAGCCAACCCUUUACCCACACAUUUCUUCGGCAACCACUAAAACACGCACAAAAACGAUAUUGGCUGAGAUUCGAACACACACACAAAACACACACUGCACCGCCACACAUCAGGUGGCUUACGGUGACCCAGAAAGGGGUAUCAUUGGGACGCGAUAGCCAUCGGGCGGAGAUGGCGAUGCUCAUGAGGGAAAAAGGAAGGAUAACGAGAAAGAGAAGGAAAGGUUUACCAAUACUGGAGAACGUAGAGGAAUGGAGGCCCCCGACGUCGGCCUUGACUCACGCAUCCGUCGGUAGCGAAACAACAAUGAUAGUUCUCUGCUCACUCAGUGGCUCAACUGAUCGGAAGAAUAGCGUAACUGGUGGUGGCAGUUCCUCCGACUCCAACACUCUUGGCGGCCGCCGGUAG